AUCUCCGAGCACAUAAUUCGCUUCACAUUUCACAGUCGAAGAAGAAACAACACAAAAGUAGAACAAUUUUUUAUUUGUUAUCAUUUAUUUUGUUUGUAAAGAAGAAAAAAAAUCACACCGAGUUCGAGUUCACGAACUAAAUCGACAAAAAGAAAAAAAUAAUUAAUUAAUCAUUGAGUGCAUUUCAAUUUGAAGAAAAUUUAUAAUAUAUCAAAACCAUCGUCACAAAAGCCGCAGCUAACAAACUGCAAUAGUUUUUUUUUUUAAUGAAAUAAAUCAAAGGUAAAAAAAGGAGCACACACCACAAAUCCAAAAAAAAACCAAAAUUAACAAAAAUGAAUUUAAUCGACACAAACCCUUACGGCAAUGGCCUCCUCUAUGCCGGAUUUAAUCAAGAUCAAGGGUGCUUUGCUUGUGCCACGGAUACAGGUUUUCGUGUCUACAACUGCGAUCCACUCAAAGAAAAAGAACGCCAAUAUUUCUCCGAAGGUGGACUCAGUCAUGUCGAAAUGCUUUUUCGUUGUAAUUAUUUGGCCCUAGUUGGUGGCGGCAUCCGUCCAUUGUAUCCACCCAACAAAGUCAUUGUUUGGGAUGAUUUGAAGAAAGCACCAGCAAUUUCUUUAGAUUUCAAUCAACCUGUUAAAGCAGUUCGUUUGCGUCGGGACAGAAUUGUUGUGGUUUUGGAGGGUGUUAUUAAAGUUUACACAUUCACACAACAGCCACAGCAAUUGCAUGUCUUUGAGACGAGCACAAAUCCGCAAGGAUUGUGUGUUUUAUGUCCACAUAGUAAUAAGAGUCUUUUAGCUUUUCCUGGUCGAAGAACUGGACAUGUUCAGAUUGUUGAUUUAGCUAAUACAGAAAGAGCUCCAUUGGAAGUUGUUGCCCAUGAAGCAUCUAUUAGUUGUAUUGCAUUGAAUUUACAAGGAACUCGAUUGGCUACGGCUAGCGAAAAAGGAACUCUCAUUCGCAUUUUUGAUACUGAUAAUGGAAAGAAGGUUGCUGAAUUGAGACGAGGUAGUAAUCAGGCAACUAUCUAUUGCAUUAACUUUAAUCACCAAUCAACAAUGUUGGUGGUAUCUUCGGAUCAUGGAACUAUUCACGUUUUCAAUUUGGAUGAUCCCAAGCCAAAAGAAUCCUCAAUUCCUAUCAUACCAAAAUAUUUCUCUAGCCAGUGGAGUUUCGUUAAAUUCUCUAUUCCCCAAGGACCGCCAUGUGUCUGUGCAUUUGGAUCCGAUCCGAAUUCCGUCAUUGCGAUAUGUGCCGAUGGACAUUAUUACAAGUUUGUUUUUAACAACAAAGGAGAUUGCAGUCGUGAUGUUUGCACUCAGUUUCUGGAACUUACCGAUGAACAAUCUUAAUUCGGCGAUGAAAAUUGAUGAAACAAAAAUCUAAAAACGUGAUUUUUUUCAAAAAUAUAUAUUUUAUUAUAUUAUUUACUUGGUAAAUGAAUAUUGAUCUUAUUCAUAUAUAAAUAUUAUUUAAGACUUUAAAUAUAUAAAAAUAAUAAAAAAUAACAUCCCUCAAACACUCACA